CAUACGUCUAUGCAUUUCAAACCCGUGAAGUCUUUUUAAAAAUGGCGGCCCGCAUCUUCGCGUUGGUUCACAAUCGUUGCCUGAGUGUUUUGCGAAACGAUUCCGUGUUGCACCGCAGUGCCCUGUUGUCGCACGCUUGGAACCGUCGAGGCUUCAGGACAUCAUGGGUGUCGCACAUGUUCAUCCAGACCCAAGACACUCCAAACCCAAACUGCCUCAAGUUCCUGCCCAAUGUGAAGGUACUCGAGCAGGGCACCCGCGAUUUUCCCAACAUCGCGAGUGCGAAGGACUCUCCGCUGGCGCGUCAUUUGCUUCGUGUAGAAGGCGUCAAAGCUGUAUUUCUGGGGCCGGACUUCAUCACGGUGACGAAAGGGGACGAUGAAACCGAGUGGAAAGUGAUCAAGCCGCACAUCUUCGCGGCCAUCAUGGACUUCUUCGCUACCGGACUGCCCGUGUUGGACGACGGUAGUGCCGCGACCCAGGUGUCCGAAGACACACAGCCGAAAGAAGGCGACAGCGAGACGGUGCUAACCAUCAAGGAGUUGAUCGAGACGCGGAUCAGGCCAACGGUACAGGAGGACGGUGGCGACAUCCUCUACAUGGGCUUCGAAGACGGCGUCGUCAAGCUGAAGUUGCAAGGUUCCUGCACGGGCUGCCCGAGUUCCUCGGUUACACUCAAGGCGGGCAUUCAAAAUAUGCUGCAGUUCUAUGUUCCCGAGGUGAAGAGCGUCGAGCAAGUCGUGGAUGAGGCGGAGAAAGUCUCGAACAAAGAAUUUGAAAAGCUAGAAGAUACGAUACGGAGGAAGGGAGUAGAUCCGUAGCGCUGCAAUCGUUUGAGCGACUUUAGCUAGGACGCACAAUUUGCGAAGUUGUCUGUUUUUGUUGAAAGUGUAAUGGGCUGCGUUGCAAGGAGGAUUGUUUCUUUGGUAUAAGGUUAGUUAAACUGGCAUUGACUGCAGGCUGGCAUUUUCAUGUUCCGCUCCAGCUUGUAUACCAAGCAAGCGCCUGCAUACGUGCUGUUUACUAAUGUGCUUGUAUUUGUGUGGAUGUGCUGUGCAUAGUGAUGUUGCAGAUGUACUUAUGCGUCUUAUAAAAUUGAAGGAAACUGAAGGCGUGAAAAAGUGAACAAUUUGACUGUUUAUGAAAUGUGCACAAGAAGUGGGCUGACAAGUAGAGAGGCUAUAUAUAAAAGCAUUAGUAUUUCACAGUAAAUGUAGAAGCAUUAAAGCAUCAUUGUAAUUUACACAAAUGACAUAAAAUUAACCUUUCACUCCAAGCACUGAGGAAUACGUGAGUCAACAGGACAACAAAAUGGAAAACUAAUAGGCCAUCAUUCUGUACCUGUACUGAAAGGUUUAUCUUGGAAAUAUAUUCGUGACAAGAUGUUGCAAGAACUAA